GGUUUUCUCAGCUAUGUUCUGCUGUCACCUCGGAGAGAAGUGCCCAGCGCCGUGCGUCCAUCCCUCCCCGGGCGCCGCUUAGGCAGCGGGUACCAGCGCAUCCUCCUGCGGGCUGCAGCGGCGGCAGCAGCAUCGGCAGCUCGCCCUGCCUCGUGACAUCACUCCUCAGUUCAAAUCCCACCCGGAGCUCCCUUCCCUAAUCAGUCUGGUGUUUUGUCAGCUGUGGCGGAGCUAGGACCCUCCCCAGCAGGGCAGGCAGCUCCCCAGGCAAGGCGAGGCUCGGCAAGAGGCAGGAAAGAGUCGGCGCGAAGAGGAACGGAACAGAACGGAGGAGCUCCAGCAUGAGAUUAAUCUCUGCUUAUUACUUGCUGCCUUUCUUUCCUGCACUGGUCUUCGGCACUAGACAGGGCUAUGAAGAACUGGAGAGACAGCUGAAAGAAGUCUUCAAGGAAAGGAGCAGUAUCCUACGUCAGCUGUCGAAGACUUCUAAGGAACUCGAGGGCAUUAAAGUAAACCUCCAGUCAUUGAAGAAUGAUGAAGCAUCAGCCAAAAAUGAUGUCCAGAAGCUUCUGGAAAUGGGCCAAAAACAAAGGGAAGAAAUGAAAUCUCUCCAGGAGGCCUUUCAGAAGCAGCUUAAUGAGGCAGCUGAGAAAGCAGAAAAGCAGCAGGCUACCAUUAACUUUUUGAAGACUGAAAUGGAAAGGAAGAGCAAAAUGAUCCGUGACCUCCAAAAUGAGAACAAAAGCCUCAAAACCAAGCUCUUGUCAGGAAACAAGCUUUGUGGCAUUCAUGCAGAAGAGUCAAAAAAGAUCCAAGCCCAGCUAAAAGAGCUUCGUUAUGGGAAAAAGGAUUUGAUUUUUAAGGCACAGCAGCUAACAGAUCUGGAGCAAAAGCUAGCAGUUGCAAAAGAUGAAUUGGAAAAGGCAGCCCUUGACAAAGAGUCACAGCUGAAAGCUCUGAAGGAGACGGUGCAGCUUUGCUUGUCUUCUGUUCUGCACAAUCAGCCUCCCGCUAAGAAUCUAAUCCCUUCCAAACCAGCUGAGAAGCUGCCAUCCCCAGUUACAAAGGGCUCCAGAGUGCCAUUCCAAGUGACAAGCACCAAGGUCCAGCGAAAUGCCUCAGCAGACAAAGAGAAUCUUCACCUGGCCUCAAGAAAGGAAGAAAAUCAGAGCAUCCAGGAGUGUGAUUCUCAAGAUGCUGGCAAGACCUGUUUGGGGAAUCGUGGUAAUUCAACAUCUCAUUUGAAGACAGCAGAAACAGAGACAAGCUUUCAGCAGAAGUUGCACAGCCCUCCCUGGACUAAGCCCGAAGAUAAAAAACCCUCUGAAAGAAAGGAGAACAAAAUGGAAGAGUCUAUUAGCACAAAAGGAAAAAAACUCUGAGCACUACUAAAUGCCACUCAAAAUGCCCACCACUUGCUUCCAUCUUCAUGUUCUUUUUAGCCCAGAGGCAUGAAAUCUAUCCAGUUUCUAAAGCAUGCAUUUUCCACUGUUUUAUGAAUGGUUGUAAAUUAGUCUAGAAUAGACCAAUUAGUACCUUCCAGCAAUAAUCCAAAAUGGAUGCUUGAAAAAAAAAAAUGCUUCAUGAUCCAGUCCAUUUUUUCAACUCUUGUUCUACCUGACCACUCAUUGCAUACCAUCAAUUAGUUUGUUAAGCAGAAAAGCUCUUCUCAAGUAUUUUCUCAGUCUGGUCUAUUUCAUGUACCUUUAAUGCAGAUUAGGUUUUAACUCAACAAUUAAGAGGCAGUUACAUUAUGGGGGGGUGGGGUGGGGAGAAUCAAUAAAUCUGUGCAAACAGUGUGGAAGUGCAACUCAUGGCAGUAACUGUAAAAACAGGUCCAUGUACACUUGCCUUUCAGUAACACCAUUUCAGAUCUGCUCACUUAAUAAAGGAUGUUUGAUUGGU